AUGCAGUGGGACCCCGGAUUCGCCGCUCAAGUUGCAAAAUGCGCGUCGGGAAGUGAAAGCCAUUGGAAUUGUGUAAUCUCCAGAUGUUCAAAGCUCAACAUGUGGCAAGGCGCCUGCCAGUUGUUUGAAGCCAUGCGAUCAUCAGCGGCCCAAAUGGACGUGUGCACCUUCAAUACCAUUAUCAGUACAUGCGGAAAAGCCACCAGGUGGCAACAGGCGCUAGCCUUCUUCACGGCGAUGCCCGAAGCAACCUUGCAAUCAGAUGAAAUCAGUUUCAACGCAACCAUCAGCGCUUGCGCAAAAGGUGGGCAAUGGCAGCAGGCGCUGGCCUUGUUUCACGUCAUGCCUGGAGGGAAAGUGCAAGCUGAUGUUAUCAGUUUUAGUGCAGCAAUCAGCGCUUGCGAGAAAGGUGGGCAGUGGCAGCGAGCUUUGAUACUUUUCCAGGCGAUGCCUGAAGCAAACGUGGGGACAAGCGACAUCAUCAGCUUCAACGCGACCAUAAGCGCUUGCGAGAAAUGUGGUCAGUGGCAACAGGCGCUUUCCUUGUUCCAGGAUAUGGCUCGGGCACAGGUGCAAGCCGACGUUAUCAGUUUUAAUGCUGCCAUCAGCUCUUGCGAGAAAGGCGGGCAGUGGCAGCAGGGGCUUCUCUUGCUGCAGAUCAUGACAGAGACAAGAGUGCAAGCCGAUGUUAUCAGUUUUAAUGCGGCUAUCAGUUCUUGCAAGAAGGGUGGGCAGUGGCAGCGCGCAUUAGUACUAUUUCAGGCUAUGCCCAAAGCAAAAGUGGCGACAAGCAGCAUCAGCUUCAAUGCUACCAUCAGCGCUUGCGAGCAAGGUCGGCAGUGGCAGCAGGCGCUUUCCUUGUUUCACGACAUGCCCGAAGCAAAGCACAUUGCAGAUUCUAUUAGCUUUAACUCUGCCAUUAGUGCUUGCGAGAAAGGUGGGCAGUGGCAGCACGCCCUGGCCUUGUUUCAUGUCAUGCCGGGGGCACAAGUGCAGGCCGACGUUGUCAGUUUCAGUGCGGCAAUCAGCGCUUGCGAGAAGGGUGGGCAGUGGCAGUGGGCAUUGGCACUUCUCCAGGCCAUGCCUGAAGCAAAGGUUGCGGCGAGUGACAUCAGCUUCAACGCGGGCAUCAGCGCUUGUGAGAAAUGCGGUCAGUGGCAGCAGGCGCUUUUCCUUUUCUACAACAUGCCUGAGGCUAAGCUUAUUGCGGAUGAUGUCAGCUUUAAUUCCACCAUUAGCGCUUGCGAGAAGGGUGGGCAGUGGCGGUUAGCGUUGGUACUCUUCCAUGCCCUACCUGAAUCAAAGUUGGAGGUGAGUGACGUUAGUUUCAACUCGACCAUUAGUGCCUGCGCGAAGGGUGGGCAGUGGCAGCAGGCAUUGGCCUUGUUCCAGAUCAUGCCAGUGGCAAAGGUGCGAGCCGAUGUGAUUAGCUUUAAUGCUGCCAUCAGCGCUUGCGACGAGGGUUGGCAGUGGCAGCGGGCAUGGCUACUGUUCCACGCCACAACUCAGGCAAGGCUCACUGCGGAUGUCACCGGCUUCAAUUCAGCCAUUAGCGCUUGUGAGAUGGGUGGGCAGUGGCAGCAACUAUCGUUCUUAUUGUCCGGUUUGCAGGCAGCUUUGAAGCUGACUCCGAAGCGGACAUGA